AUGGAGGAACAUAGUAAAGAAGAAAUAAAAACUGAAAAGCCGUUAAAAAAUAGAUUUAUAAAAGAAGUAGAUAUAGUAAAUUUUUCUUUAAAAAAAAAAUAUUGCUUGUUAAUAUUAUUUUGCUUAUAUAUAACUACAUGUGUUGGAAUAUUUUUUAAUUGGAUUUCAUUGGCUGAUUUUUUUUAUCACGGAAAUAUAUAUAUAGAUCAAUGCAAUGGGAUAAAUGGAAAAUCAAAUUCGAAAGAUGGCAACGAUAAACCAUAUAGUUGUGAAGAACAAGACAAAAAAGUUCAAGCACUAUAUCCUAUUAUUAUAAGUUCUAAUUUUAUUAUGUCUGCUAUAUCUGGUAUAUUUUUUGAUUAUUUUGGGCCUAAAAUUACAGCAUUAAUUGGUCAUACAUUUAAUAUAAUUUCAUGGAUUUUAAUAGGUUUACAAAAGGAAACAAGUAAUAAUAUAAUAAUAAUUGGUGCAAUAUUUUUAGGUCUAUCUUGUGAUUCUUCAUAUAUACCUAUUCUUAAUUUAAUUUAUUUAUUUCCAAAAAAUCAUACCACAUAUACUGUAAUAUUAGGUUGUUGUGCUUCAUUAAGUUUUAGUAUACCCAUAUUUUUUGAUUUAUUAUCUAAAGGAAAAGAUCCAGAAUAUUUCCAGUAUAUUUGUUUUUUAUAUUGCUUUAUUGUAUUAAUCCCUUUUUUUUUUAUUAUAGCUAUUUUCCUUCCAUUCAAACAUAUAAAUUGUCCCCAACCCCCACUUGAGAUUGAGAAAAGUAAUAACACACUUCAAGAGUUGGAAGGAUAUUUAGUUUCAGAAAAUAAAAGUAAUGCCAUAUCUAACCACCCAAGUGACGAUGGAAAUUCGAAUGAUAUUUAUCAAGCCAGUCAGCAUAGUAAAAUAAAAAGUAAUGAAAUAAUAGCAAAAGAAAACGAUAUAAAUAUUAACAAUAUUGAUAAAGAGAACAAAAUAAAUAAACACAUUUCUUCAAAAGAUAGUGACAAAAUUGGUGACUCACCUUCGACACCCCUUAACGAAUUGGUUAUUAAAAAAAAAAGUUCAACAAUAUCUUCUGAAGAUAUAAUAUCCUUAAAGGGAAUAAAAAAUAAAGAUAGUAAAACAUAUCAUAAUAAUAUAUCAUUAAGAAUGAGUGAUAAAGUUGUAGGAGUAUUAGACAAACCAGAAGAGAAUUAUCAAAAUGUUUUUAUUGAUGAAAAACAAGAUAAUAAUUCUAAUCCAUUAGAAAUUCAAAAUAUAAUAAUUCAUAUAGACAAUAAUAAAAAAUGGAAAAAAUUUAAAUUAAGUUUAAAAAAUUUGUUAACUGAAAUAAUAGGUGUAUUUUUUUCUUUAAAAUAUAUUAGUAUAUGUUAUUAUUUUACUAUAUAUAAUUUAUCAUUAGUUAAUUAUAAUGAAUGUGCAAAAUUAUUUUUUAAAGAUUAUACAGAUGUACAAUUUAUAUUAAAACUAUUUGGUCCCUUAUCUAUAUUGUCUUGUGCAUCUUUUGGAUUUUUAAUAAAUAAAUUUCAUAUAAUAGUUAUAAUAUAUUUUUUAUUAGUAAGUAGUUUAUUUAUGUAUAUAUUUGCAAUAAUUAAAAUAAAAGUAUUUGCAUAUUUUAGCUCCUUUUGUUAUUUAAUAGUUACAGGAUGUUAUACUACCCAAUUAUAUUGUUAUAUACAAAUUAUGUUUCCAAAAUGUCAUUUUGGUAAAAUUGCAGGAACUACAAGUAUGAUUAGUGGAUUAUUAUCUCUACUUAAUAUACCUAUUUAUAAUUAUUUUAUUGUUGAUUUAAAUAAAAAUAACCCUGAUCCCUUUGCAUAUAUUGUUAUUGCUUUGUUAAUAUCAACCUUCCCACUUUUAUUCCUUACAUAUCGAAGACAUUUAAACGAUGAAAUACAAACUCUUGAAAGGUAA